GGAACCCUGGCUGUCCCGCGGGACGAAGCUGACUUCCGCACGUGGAGUCUGGGCUGAUAUGUGACAUCGGCUCCCCUUGAUCCUUGGUGAUGGAUACCAUUCCCCUGAAAGCUUACAUAUGGGGUACAGGCAGUAAAAUGCGACUUUAAUAUUCUCUACUAUUCUCUCUAGCGGUCAGCUACUGCUACGAUACAUAUAAGGAUCUAUGAUAUGUUUGCUAAUAAGCUAAUCUCCUAAAAUUCCGAAAGAGAAAGCAACACGCUUCUCUUGCCUUAAAUAUGUAUGUAGGACAACAACCAAAGAUUUAGAUAAUGUUGACAGAAUUUUCCCUUCUCUUUCGAAAUCGCCUUAUUCUUAUACCUGACGUAUCAUCUAUAUUUCAUCUGCACGGAUAAUUAAGGGUCAGGGAUGUUCGUGGCCCCAAAUACCGGAUAUGUACAGUGAAAGAUCCCUGCCACAUAGCAAACGAAAUAAUUCUUGAACCCUUACUAUCCUCGUGUUUCCCUAGCUGGUCUAGGCUUGGUGCCUUCGAACAAAAGUUUCAUUGCGAACCUAACUACUCCUCGUUUCCGUCAUCAAUUGGUGAUUGUUCGCCUCAAUGCAAUUGUAAACGUCAAACCGGUACGGACAGACUGUUUUCAAGCUAAUACAUGCUACGAUUCGUCCGUAAGCGAGGAGGGCUUCACUCCAAGGAGUCGAUUGCCACUGCUCGGGCGUGGUGAAGACUCGCGAUCCGACCCGCGAUAUGUCGGACGUCUACGUUGGGUUCUCGAACUUACCACGUAGCGAUGCUCGGAUCGAGACUAACUUAGUACCUCCCAACACCGAUGGCUCGAAAGUCAUCAUUACGGGCGUAGUGCUCACCCUUCUUACGGCACUAUGGACCUACCUACGAUUCUGGAGUAUUCGGCAAAACGGUCGGGCGUUUCUUUUAGAGGAUGGAUUUAACUUAGGAGCUUUGGUGUUCUUUUACGGCCUGGUAGCUGCGGAUUUUGUCAUGGUGCUUUCUGGUGGUUUAGGCCACCGUCUCAGCGAGCUUCAGGACUGGCACGUAGUCCGACUGUUGAAGGCUAUCUAUGUUCGCAAGUUUCUCUACGCGGCUUCUCUUAGCUUGAUUAAGAUCAGCAUCAUCCUCAUGUUUAUGCGCAUCUUCUUCACCCGCCGAUUCAAAAUCGCCUCCUUAACCGUUAUUAUCUUUACCGUUAUCUGGAUGCUCUUAGCCGUGUUGAUCAACUUACUGAUCUGCCACCCUAUUGAUGUGAAUUGGACAUUUCCGGCGGGUGAACGUAGCUGCGGGGACCUAAGGGCGGCUUUUGCAGCGGAGGGCAUUAUUGACAUUGUGAACCACAUUGCGAUCUUGAUGUUGCCCCUACCUAUGAUAUGGAAACUUGGAAUGGAAAUUCGGUACAAGGUUGUUACCGUUUGUAUAUUCUGCAUCGGUCUCCUUACCAUUUCGUUCGGCACUAUCCACGUUUAUAUGAUUAUGCACACCGAUUUCACCGAAAUAUCCUACACCAGCGUACAAACCGCCCUGUACGGCACCAGCGAAGCCGGAAUCGCGAUUAUAGUAUCCAAUUGCCCCCUACUACGGCCCGUCUUCGAUCGACUAUUCCCAUCUCAUCUAUCGGAUACUUCAGUCUGGAGGGAGAAGAGCGGCGAAGCCAUGGUCACUAUAUCCCGCAAGCGCAAGAGUACAAAGUCGAGCGGGUUUACCCAAAUGAAGAAUGUGUCGCACGAAGAUCUUGAGCUGGGCAACAUGGGAGCACACCGCGCUCGGCGGAAUACACAUAUUACAGCAGGAAAACGACCCCUGACCCGCGACGAAGAUGACGAUAGCUCAGUACACAGGAUCGUGGUCACAAGCGAAACUAUCGUUCGAAGAGAUAAAGGCGAACUUUAAUUUCCUCCAAUUCUACAGUUCUUCUCAGUUAGGUCCCACGGCGUUUAAAAAAUACGUUGGGUCGAGCUGCAAGGCUCGUGUGUGGCAUGUGUUGGUAUACAUUCAAAACGGGAUUAUGAUAGAGGGGUUUGAGCUUCCUUUGCAAUUUCUCACGGAGUGACUAUUCUAAUUCUAAGUGGCGUUUCGGCCGGCCGCUAUACGAACCUGCAAGUUCACGUCUCCUUCAGCUUCUCCUGUAAGUUGCUACCGUUCCAUGGAAUGGAGGGCGCAUACUAUCCUGUUAGAUAUCCUAAAAUAGGCAUUAUAUGGUUAAAAGCAAGG